AUGGGUCCAAAAAUUGAAGAAUUACCUGAUGAUUAUGAUAUAGAUCAGGAGCCAAAAUUAAUUAAGCCAAUUGCUGCUCACCAGAAGGAGAAAAAAUCAGUAAAAAAUCCAUUUGCAACAUCAACUAAAAAAACCACUAUCAAAAGAUCACCAAAUGAAGUAUAUCCUCAAAGGAAAGGAUUGAAUAAACCAGAUUUCAAAAGGGACAAGCCAAUAGAUAAAUUAUUUGAAAAAGUGGAGCAAUUGUUGGAUUUACCAUUGGAGGAACUUAAUGUUGAACUCUUAAAUCAAAAAAUACUCAAGAAACCAUUAGCAGCUGAAUCAAGAUAUGAAAUUAUAGAUUAUUUAUUGGAGCAACUACUCAAUAUACAAAAUUACUCAUUAGAAAAUGAAUUUGAAGACAAAUCCAUAAUUGUAAUCUCAUUACAUGAUAUAAAAACUUUUAGCAAAUUAGUUAAUACAAUAAUCAUACUAGGAAUUUACCCAGCAUUAAAUACAUUUGGGAUUGGUAUACCUUUCGAAAAAAGAAAAUUGAGAGAUUUGAAUAAUAAAAAACCAACUAGAGUGGAGAAGUUGCUGAAUCCUAAUGAAUCUAUUGCAGUAUUAAGAUUAGUUUAUGAUAAAUUAUUCAAAUUAUUUCAAGUUCAAUCUGAUGUUACUGAAUUGUUAAGUAAAGGUACAGGAUUAUCUGAUUUUAUAACCAUUGCAAUUGCACUAAAUUCGAUUCCUGAGACUGAUCAUGAAGUAUACCAAAAGCAAUACAAAGAAGUUGAAAGAAUUCCGGAUACAUUUGAAUUAUUUCAAAUUUAUACAUUAUUAAUAAAUACUCCAUCACCAUCAUAUUUCAAACAAUUUGUAAUUCAACAUUUACAACUACUACAUUAUGAUGCACCAAAGGGAGAUGGUUUAUUAUCACUUAUUGAAUUCAUAUUAGGUUUAAGAGAUCAGGAAGAUAUAGAAAUUUCAAAAUUCGACCACGUCUCGAGUGUGGUGCUACUGAAACCAAAAAAUAUUAAUACGGCUAAGUAUUUUACAUCUAUAGGUAACCAGUGUUAUGGAUUAUUGGUAAAUAUUAAUAGACCUGUUGUUACUUCUUGUGUCACAUAUGUACUUGAAAAAUUGUGGGAAAGAAAUCAACUAAUUGUCAAAGACUUCUUUUUGAAAAAAUUAUGGUACAAUUUCAAACCUACAGUCAAUGAAGAAAUUGGAAAUCAGGUAUUAAUAACUGAAGCAGAAUUAAAUAAUGCAAUCAAUGUUUUAAUAUCCUUGUCAAGAAAAGGAUUGGUACCAGAUUUAUACCAAGAAGUUAUGGAGUCAAUAAUACUAUCACUAUGGGCAUACUACUUGUUUUUAAGGAAGAAUGGAAAAUCAGUUGAAGUAAUAGCGAACAUAAUGAUAAGUUAUUUUACAAUUAUGAAAGAUUUUGAUAAUAAUAAUUUAGUAGGUCUUGACUUAAUAGCUAAGAAUUUAUUAUAUGAAUGUGGUGAAAAUUGGGAAUUUGAAAGUGGACCAAACGGAUUAACUCAAAUUGUCAGAAAGAAACCAAUUUUUAAGUCAGAGAGCUCGAAUUUAAAAAUUAAUAAGUUUAUUGAAAGUUUGGAUUUUUGCUGUAAUAAUUUUAUUAAAUUAUUGGAGAAUGUCGAUGACGAGACUGUACAAGCUUUAUUUAUACUUAUUUUGAAACAAUGGUUGAACCGAGGGAAUGAAAAAAUUAUAGACGAGGAGAAUCCAUUCUUAAAAUUAGUGGACUUGAAGAUCUUGGAGAGUAUUGGUGAUAAUUUUAAAGAAAAUUUAGCAAGAACUCCAUUUGAGAUGUUAAACAUUGUACAAAGUUUUUUGAGUUCUAAAUUCAGCAAAGAGAUUAAAAAUGACGAUGGUGAUGAUGACAUUGAAAUGAAAGAUGGAGAUUAUGAUUCAGAUGAUGAAGAAAAUGAUGAGAAUGAAGAGUUUUUACCAGUAUUGUUGGAAUUGUUAUCUGCUAUUUUAUCUGAAAAUGACGUGGUCAUUGAUAAGCAAUGUUCAGAGUUAUUACAAAGAAUCAAAAUUUCAUUGAAUAAUUUAUUAAAACAAAAUGUAAAUGAGAAUUUGAAGAAAUCAAUUGAAUCAUUAGAACAAAGGAUUACGAAUUUAUUAUCUGGAGAUAUACCAGUUACGAAUGAAAUAGAUGCACAAAAAUUAAUGUUGAGUAGAGCAAUCACGAGUUUAAAUGAUCCAUUAGUGCCAAUAAGAGCUCAUGGAUUAUAUUUAUUACGACAAUUAAUUGAAAUGAAGAGUGAAGUUAUUUCGUUAGAUUUUGUAAUAAAUUUACAUUUGGUGCAAUUAAAAGAUCCAGAGCCUUUCAUUUACUUGAAUGUCAUCAAAGGAUUGGAAUCGUUGAUUGAGUGGGAUGAAGUACCUGUUCUCAAAAUAUUAUUGGAGAUUUAUGUUAAUAAGGAAAAUGAUUUGGACGAAAGAUUAAGAAUUGGUGAAGUAAUAUUAAGGUAUAUUCAAUUAUCCAAUGAAAAGUUUUAUGGAGAAUCAGUUAAUCUCAUUGUUGAGUCAACAUUAUCAGUAAUAAGAAGACAUGAUUCUGAUGAUGACAGAAUUAGAAUGUCAGCAAUGUCUUUGCUAGGUAUGUGUUGUAAAGUGAAUCCUUUGGGAUUAAUUGGAAAUCUUACAGAUGCUUUAGAUUGUGCAAUUGGGAUCUUGAAUUUAGAAACAAGUUCUGAAAAAUCUAUAAUGAGAAGAUCUGCAAUUACUUUAAUUCAAGAUUUAAUUUUGGGUAGUUCUGAAACUGACAAAGUUGCAUUUCCUGAAGAAUAUAGAGAGAAAGUUGUUACUAUAUUGAGGUACGUUGCUGAGACUGAUAAUGAUAUAUUUGUUCGAGAGCAAGCUCAAAAAGUUUUGGAAUUGAUUGAAGAAUUAUAUAAGAUUGCAAUGGAGAUGUAUAUUGAUGAAAAAAUGACGUGA